CCUUAAACCUCUUGCUCUCUCCGUUGCAGACACUCAGAAAAUUAUGAAGGGCGGCAAAAGGAGGCCGUCUAAUCCGGCCAAGGCCAGAACUAACGGUAAGAAGCGGUUCUCCUCCAUCGCCGAUGAUUCGUUUUUUGAAGCUACGGAUCAGAAGCGGCGCCGUAAAUUCGAGAACGAUGAAGAGAUUAAGAGCAGUGACGAAGAUGGAGGUGAUUCCGAUUCCGAGAAGGAGGAGGAGAUAGACGAGACGCCCGCGGAGAAGCGGAAACGGUUGGCCGACGCCUUUCUCGAGAAGCUCAGGGCGAAGGAGAGGGAAAGAGAGGAAAAUGAGGAAUCGGAGGAGGAAGGUGAAGGGCGGAGGGAGAGGGAAGGCGAGAGGGAUACGCUCAUUGCGAAGAUUUUGCAGCAGGAUCAACUCGAAGAGAGCGGCCGCGUUCGACGAGCUCUUGCUUCCAGGGUUCAGAAGCCAGAAACUAGCCAAGGAUUUCAAUUUUUAGUAAAGCACAGGCAACCUGUGACUUGUGUGGCUCUAUCUGAGGACGACUCUAGAGGAUUUUCGGCUUCCAAGGAUGGUGCCAUUGUUCACUGGGAUGUUGAGACUGGGAAAACUGAAAAGUACCUCUGGCCUUCUGAUGAAGUUUUGAAGGCUCAUGGUUUGAAGGACCCGCAAGGUCGAGCUAAGAAGCAAAGUAAACAGGUUCUAGCAUUGGCUGUUAGCUCUGAUGGUCGGUAUCUAGCUACUGGAGGCCUUGAUCGGCAUGUUCAUCUGUGGGACGUUCGCACACGCCAGCAUCUUCAGGCUUUUCCGGGACAUAAAGGACCUGUUUCUUGCUUAACAUUUAGGCAAGGUACUGCAGAGCUCUUCUCUGGCUCAUUUGAUCGUUCUAUCAAGAUUUGGAAUGCAGAAGAUAGGACUUACAUAAGCACACUAUUUGGUCACCAGAGUGAAGUUUUAACAAUUGACAGCUUGAGAAAAGAACGUGUAUUGACUGUUGGACGUGACCGUACCAUGCAUUUGUGGAAGGUACCGGAAGAAUCACAAUUAGUAUUUCGAGCUCCGGCAUCUUCACUUGAGUGCUGUUGCUUUAUUAAUAAUGAUGAUUUCUUGUCGGGUUCUGAUGAUGGAAAUGUUGAGCUCUGGAAUGUGCUACGCAAGAAGCCUGUCCAUAUUGUAAAGAAUGCACACGUCUCAUGUAGUGAAAACAAGUCUGAUCAGAAUAAUUUGGAAGGGCUUUCAAAUGGCCAUAAAGAAAACGAGGUCCAUAAUUCAUCAAGAAAUGGUUCAGCUGUGCUUUCCUGGGUCAGCUCAGUGGCUGUCUGCAGAAGCAGCGAUCUUGCUGCUUCAGGAGCUGGAAAUGGAUUAGUGCGCCUUUGGGCUAUUGAAAAUGAAUCUAAAGGCCUUCGUCCCUUAUUUGAACUCAACUUGGAUGGAUUUGUAAAUUCCUUGGCAUUUGCGAAAUCUGGAAAGUUUCUAAUUGCUGGGGUUGCACAGGAGCCUCGAUUGGGAAGGUGGGGACGUGCUGCUUCUGCCAAAAACGGAGUUGCAUUACAUCCUUUGAAACUGUCAUGACCCUAUAUUCCACAUUCAGUCUUCUCAACGAUGAGAUUAUAAAGCAAAAUUUAAGAGCCUGCUUUCUGCUUCUCUGACUCUGACUGAUAUCUCAAUCUUGAACUCUGAAAGAAAAAAUGAUCACCCCUGUAUCGAAUCAAUGGUUGUCAUCGUUUAGGGCCUCUCAAAAUUGUUCGUGGCUCGAGAUAUGAAGAAGCUAAUCUGUGUUAUGUACCAACCGGGAAACUAAGGUAACUUUCUUAGAUAUUGGUGAGUGUGAAGUGUAUCGAGAACCUUGUUUCCCGGAGGUCGACCUGCUUAAAGCUUAAAGAAAUCCUUUCCUUGCGUUCCUUUUGUCUUGAGUCUUGACUGUAGAAGGCCUCACAGUUUGCCGAUAAAUUUUGUAUUUGAUGUAACCUUUCUUCAACUUGGUCAGUUAGUGUAUCAUUAAAUUUUGUGGGGAAAACAUCAUUGGAUAUAUUUGUUACCCUUUUAUUUAUGUGAGGAAAAUGUGCUGGAAUUAUUCUAUAAA